AUGAAACGCAAUUUGAGGAGUAUCCUUGGCCUAUUGUUACUAUGCUGCAUGCAUGGUUAUUUAGCAGCUGAUGAUCAAUCUGCUCUUUUGGCUUUCAAGUCUCAAAUAACUUCUGAUCCCUUUGCAGUUUUAGCCAAAAACUGGACACAAGGCACUUCAUUUUGCAACUGGAUUGGCAUUUCUUGCAGUACAAAGCAUCAUCAAAGAGUAACAAAAUUAUUCCUAAGAAGCUUUGGAUUUAGAGGUUCAAUAGCAAAAGAAAUUGGGAACCUCUCCUUCCUUAGUUUUUUGGAUAUUGCAAACAACACUUUUAUUGGUGAAAUACCCGAUGAAAUCGGGCGUCUGAGGCGUUUAAAAUACUUGUCUUUACAAAUGAAUAAUCUCACUGGUCAAAUCCCACAAAGCCUUGGAUUUCUCACAAGGCUUCAAGUUCUUGAUCUUUCUGAGAAUGAUCUAUUUGGAAAUGUUCCAUUGUCUAUAUUCAAUAUCUCCUCUUUAAUUAUCAUUGAUUUGAAUUUCAAUCAUCUAAGUGGGACUUUGCCAAAUGAUAUGUGCACUAAUCUGCCACUGUUGCAAUAUCUAUUCAUGGGAAAAAAUCAAUUAGUGGGUGAACUGCCUAGUGGUUUAGAUAAAUGCACCCAACUUGAAGCCCUGACCUUGUCUUACAACAGAUUCACGGGAAAUAUACCGAGAGACAUGUGGAACAUGUCAAAGGUUCAAGAUAUCUUUCUUGGAUGGAAUAACUUGACAGGAUAUAUCCCCAGUGAAAUUGAUAACCUAUCAGCAAUUCGAAGAAUAAGUCUACGACAGAACAAUUUGGUGGGAAAUCUUCCACCAUCUAUUGGGAAUUUGUCAAAUCUAGAGAUGAUAGACCUAGGUCAGAACAGUCUACAUGGUGGCAUUCCUCAGGAAUUUGAACAUCUUGUAAAUUUGAAAGAAAUAUAUCUUGGUCCAAACAGAUUAUCCGGUGAAGUUCCAAGACCUAUGUACAAUAUUUCUGGACUAAAAAGGAUUUCGUUUGUAGCGAAUGAGCUUUCAGGAACACUUCCCUCAAACAUAGGCCAUAGCCUUCCAAAUCUUGAAGGCCUAUAUCUUGCACGAAACAUGUUCACCGGGCUGAUUCCUACCUCCAUUGUGAAUUCCACCAAACUUACCCAACUUGAUCUUGGACGCAAUAUGUUUAGUGGACAUGUACCUAUGAAUCUUGGAAAUCUACAACAGCUUCAGUUCAUCAACUUGCAAAUAAACCAAUUGAUGAAUGAUCCAUCUAUGGACGAGUUAAGUUUUCUUACCUCACUAUCUAAUUGCAAGUAUUUGAAGACAGUUCAAAUAGGAGGUAACCAAUUUAGUGGAAGUCUUCCAAAAUCCUUAGGUUCAGGCAACUGGUCCUUUUCCCUUGAAUAUUUCAUUGCCGGUAAUAAUGGUAUCACAGGACAAAUACCAACUAACAUCAGUAACUUGAGGAACCUGGAGUGGUUAAGCUUGGGAUACAAUAAGCUUACAGGUACAAUUCCUCCAGAUUUGGGGAACUUAAGGAGUUUGCAAAUGUUUAGACUGGAGAAGAACAAUUUAGAUGGAAUUAUACCAACUAGCUUAUGUAACAUGGAAAACUUGUAUCACAUUGAUUUGGGCGAAAAUCAACUUUCUGGGGAAGUACCAAGCUGCUUUGGAAAUCUUUCUUCUUUAAGAGAACUCUACUUAGAUUCCAAUGCACUAAUUUCCCAUAUUCCAUUAACUUUUUGGAGGAACAAAGAUUAUUUAAUUCUGAAUUUGUCCUCCAAUUUUCUAAAUGGAUCUCUUGCAAUAGAAAUGGGAAACUCAAGGAGUUUGCGGAUAUUACAUUUAUCUGGUAAUCAGUUCUCUGGUCAAAUUCCUAGCACAAUUGGCCAACUACAAAGUUUGGUUAGCCUUUCAUUGUCAACGAACAUGUUAGAUGGUCCUAUACCUGAAUUAUUUGAAGAUUUGGUUUCGUUGGAAUAUUUGGAUCUAUCUAGCAACAAUCUAUCAGGCAUGAUCCCCAAGUCCUUGAGGAAUCUUCAACAUCUCACGUAUUUCAAUGUCUCAUUCAAUGGGCUCAUAGGUGAAAUUCCAGAUAAAGGGCCAUUCGUAAAUUUUACAGCUGAAUCAUUUAUGGGUAACCCUGCAUUAUGUGGAUCAUCACGCUUCCGUGUGAUGCAAUGCAGAGUCAAUAGCCUUAAAAAAACAAAAAAGAGAAAAGUCUUAACUUUUGUUCUUGUAUCAAUUUCCUCAGGAGUUGUAGUCAUCACUAUUUUCAUUAUUUGGUUGCUGAAAUGCCGAAAAAGGAGUAGGGAACUUCCUAUAGUUGAUACAUUUGGUCAAGUACAUAGGAGGAUUUCAUACCAUGAUAUUGCUCAAGGGACAAACAACUUUGAUGAAGCAAACUUGAUUGGAAGGGGAGGCCUUGGUUUGGUGUACGAAGGGACACUUGCAGAUGGAGUAGUUGUGGCAAUAAAGGUAUUCAAUACAGAACUGCAACAUGCAUUUAGAAGUUUUGAUGUGGAGUGCCAAGUUUUACGUAGCAUUCGACAUAGAAACCUUGUUAAGGUGAUAAGUAGUUGUGCCAAUUUUGAUUAUAAAGUUCUGGUGCUAGAGUACAUGCCCAAUGAAAACCUCGAACGUUGGCUUCAUUCUCCUGACAAAUUUUUGGAUUUAACUCAAAGAAUAAAAAUUAUGAUUGAUGUAGCUUCUGCUAUGGAGUAUUUACAUGGAGGUCAUUUGUUUGUAGUCAUCCAUUGUGAUUUGAAACCAAGUAACGUACUUUUGGAUGGAGAUAUGGUGGCAAAAGUGAGUGACUUUGGGAUAUCCAAACUUCUAACAGCUGAGACACUAAUAGCACAUACCAAGACCUUGGGUACUAUUGGCUACAUGGCACCAGAGUAUGGGUCAGAAGGCAAAGUGUCAACCAUGGGAGAUGUUUAUAGCUUUGGUAUUUUGUUAAUGGAGACUUUUACAAGAAAGAGCCCUGUGGAUGAUCUAUUUGUUGGAGACUUCACCUUGAAAAGAUGGAUAUGCCAAUCAUUACCAAACCGAUUGGUGGAUGCAGUGGACAUUAAUCUAUUUUCACUGGACGAAGAAAAUUUUGCUUCUAAAGAGAGAUGCUUUAGAUUAAUUAUGGAAUUAGCUCUUGAAUGCACAAAUGACUUGCCUGAAGAGAGAAUUAGCAUGGAAGAUGUUAAUUUACGACUGAAGAAGAUCCUUACUCAAUUUCUGCAGAAUGUUGUGACAAACUAA